CGUUGGUGACUGGCAGGGCCGCGCUCACCGCCUCUUCCCUUCCCUCCCCUGCGCGCUGAGGCUUUUCCUGCCGCCAGAGGGCGCCGCGCUCGCGCCUGGUGGCGGGGAUGCCGCGGGGCCAUGGAGCUGGACGAGGCGUUCGGCUCGGUGGGGGAGUUCGGCCGGAGCCAGAAGCGCCUCACCGCCUUCCUGGUGCUGCUGCAGGUAUAUGUGGCCUGUCAGUCUAUGCUUAUUGUAUUAGUGGGGGCUGUGCCAGAGUAUCAUAUUGACCAGGGAGAACUUCCUGAUAGCACAGAGGAGCUUGCCAGACAUGUUCAGUUUGCAGAUAACUUCACAUCUAUAGCAACUGAGUGGUGCUUAAUCAGACACGAAGCCUAUAAAAUAAACCUGGCAUCAUCCUUGUAUUUUGCUGGACUGCUUAUCGGAAAUAUAUUUUUUGGACCAUUGUCUGAUAAAUUGGGCAGGAAACCAGUGUACAUGUCAGGUCUGUUCUUUGAUGUCAUUUUUGGAUAUGUCACAGCAUUCGCUCCAAGUUAUGAAAUUUUUGCGAUGUCACGCUUCAUUGUUGGGAUUAUGAAUGGUGGAAUGUCUCUAGUGUCUUUUGUCUUGACACAAGAAUAUGUAGGAAAGUCUUACUGGGCAUUAACAGAUAUCUGUUCUUCAGAAAGGUUUGGCUCGCUAACAAAUUUAACAUUUGCAGUCGGCAUAGCAGUUUAUGCCUUCCUGGGUUACUACAUACGAGAAUGGCGCUUCCUCGCAUUUGUAUCAAAUUCUCCAGGGGUUUUCUUCUUUCUUCUUUCUUUUAUGCUUCCAGAGUCACCAAGAUGGCUGUAUUCCCAGGGGAAUACUGCAGAAGCAGAGGAUGUGCUUCAAUACCUGGCCUGUGGUAAUGGAAAAGAAAGGUUGGCUAUAAAAUUGAAACCAUGUGCAGGAACAAUGAAAAAGAAUGACUCAGCAUCCGGUGUCCUAAACCUAGUAAAACACCCAGUCCUUCGAUGGCGAACUAUCAUCUUGAUGUAUAUCUGGUAUGUCUGCAGCCUUGUAUACUAUGGCCUAACAUUCAAUGCUGGUGAAUUAGGAGGAAAUCUGUAUCUAAAUGUAGCUCUUUAUGGCCUUAUAGAAGUUCCUGCAUUUCCUCUCUGCAUGUUUUUUAUUGAGAAAUCCUGGUCUGGAAGACGUAAAACUACAACUUAUUUUCUGAUAUUUGCAGGGUUUGCAUGUAUAUUUACUAUGAUUUUACCAGAAAAUUCUGGUUUUUUCUUCAGUCCAGCUCUGUUAGCCUUGUGUGGAAAAUUGACUGUCAGUGCUGCCUUCAACAUAGUGUAUAUUUAUACUUCUGAACUCUACCCAACAGUAGUGAGAAAUGCUGGCUUGGGUGUCUGUUCAAUGACUUGCAGAUUUGGUGGUGUUUUGGCUCCAUUUGUGCCAUCCAUGAAAACUAUUAACCCAUCUGUACCAUUCAUGGUGUUUGGAAUCAGUGGAGUAUCAGCCGGAUUCUUGACUCUUCUUCUUCCGGAAACUCUUAAUAAGCCAAUUGCAGAGAGCAUUGAAGACCUUCAGGGUCCUGUAUACCAAAUACUUAAAAACAAAAAGGCAGAGUAAACCAAUUAGAAGAAAACACUUAAAAUUUCAAAAAACGUCUUUCUGAUGAAAAGUCAAGCAUCUUUUGGUAAAGUGCUUUCAUAGUGGAGGUGUGGAGCCAGUGAGAAACCAGAAUGGAAAUGUCAAGGGGCAUAAAGUAUAAUGCCACUUCCAGUAUGUUGAACAGUUUAUUUUUAUAUGGAGCGCAACUGAGAAAAUGGAAAAAGUUUGCCAAAAUUUGUGAAAAGAGAGAUGGCAAAUCCUUGCAUUAAUUUAAUGACUUAAUUAACCACACUCUGGACACAGAAGAUACAGGUUUUAAUAAUAAAAAAAAGUAAUAUUCCUUUAUUUUAUUUUGUAAGAUGUAACUGCUAGCUGUGAAUUGAAAUAUAAUGAUGAAAUUGAGGUAGUAUGUUAUAAGUGUUUUUUAAAAGAUAUUUUCUGAUUGGAAGGUUGCAGGGCAGCCUACUAUAUUCAGGCAUUUUGUAAUUGUUAGAAAUAAUUAUAUCCUGUGCAUGCUAAUGUACUCAACAGAUUUUUUUUCUUUUUUCAUUUGCUUUAAACUACUGUAUAACUCAUAAUACAAAAAGACCAAAGAUUUGUAUAGAUUAUUGCCUUAAUAGUAACAUUAAUAAUGUGAGAAACUCAAUCAAAUUGAUCAGGAAAUUUCAAAGGGAAGUAAAUUAACUUUAAUGUCGGAUACAGUAGGUUUUUUUAUAAGACGCAGUUGAACAACAAAGAAAUUUAACAUGAAAAAUUGCAACAUUGGAAAGAAUAAUAUGAGGUUUUUGCAGACAAGAGGUAUAUUUAAAAGAGGGAGUAAAUUAGUACUGAACAUUUAUUGAAAUAUUAAUUCAAAAGAUGCAAUUAACCAGUAGUUAAGUGCUAGCUAUAAUUGCAGAACUAGAAAAAAAUUAUCAAAAAUGUAUCAAAUUUGAUAUAUAAUCAAAAAAUGUUAUAUUCAGUUAGAAUUGGAAAUAUCUGCAAUAGAAAAAUAAGUUCAGUGGAUUUCACUUACCAAUUAAAAUAUUUAUUUUUGAGUAGGGAUAUCAUAGUUGUUAUGAUUGGUUUGCCAAAACAGUAUUGUAAUUACAUUUAAAAAAUUAUAAAUAUAAAAUUAGUGUUUCUUUUACAUGUAAAUUUGUCAUGCUCUUAUAAGGAUAUUUCCUAUCAUUUGGACUUUAGUCCUUUUAUUAAAUGAAUCUGGUAGGAAAAGCUUAAGGAAAAGCCACUGCAUUUUAACAUAAUUUUCAUAUUUAAACUAUGAGCCUGCAAGUUAUAACACCUGGGUAGACUGCUCUGCCCCUGUGGAACCCCAGUGCAGUCUGUAGGGGGUACAACAGUCCAUCUGUAUGUUAUAAAUGGCAUGAUUGAAUCCUUAAUUUGUAUAAAAUUAUUUAAAAUCACAAAAUACAGUUUGCAGAGAAAGUUAUGAUUUUAAAUUGCAUAAAACGUCUGUAUAUGUGCGUUUAAGUUCUGUGCCAAAGUUCAAAAUAACACAAAACACACAAUUCUUAUUUUCUUAUAUAUAUUUAGUUGCCUUAUAUUCCAUUUUUGUGGGCUUUAGAACUCAGCUGGUGAAAGUGUUCCUGAAUACCUUCUGGUAGUUUCUUACCUUCCUUUAAUGUUCAUAACCACAACAACUGAGGAUCCCUCUUCAAAGGAUAAUUACAUCAUCAAGGAAAUGGUAAAGAGGAGUUCAUGUUUCUAUCAAUUUAGAACUUUUUAUUAUGAAAAGCUCUGUUGAUUCUUAUUUUUUUUGGUAAUAAAAAUUGAAUCUUAAAAUGUAUCGUUUUCUUAGAAGCAGAAGUAACACAUUGAGAGAGGCUCUCCAUAAAUACAUCAAUCUAUGGUGAAUGUCUCAUGUCCCCCUUCUGCCAGAUGUUUAAUGUAUCAGCCUCAAUAAUUAAUUUUCCACAUCCUUUUAUUCCAGUUCUUGUAGAAAACAGGUAAUAAAAAUAAAUUGUAUUUAAAAUGUGCUUAUAUCUCCCAAUUUUUUUAAAAUUUGGAAUGUAUCCUGCUCGGCAUUUACUAAGAUUUUUGUACAUGUGACAGUUUGUAAAAGUCUAUUCCUGGGGAAUUCCGUGCCAAAAAAAUAAAAAUUCUGUGCACAAUA